ACUUCACCCUCACUCUCCCGCCACCAUGGAGCAGGGCUCCAUCCUUCCAUUCUUGAAGGCUUCCCGACCACGACCCGAGAACUCGCGCCCCGGUCAACCCUACCACCAGAAACAACAUCACCCAAACAGCAAACGCCGCGGUCCCAAUCACCGCCGCAACAUGGACCUGGAAAAGGUCGCAGACGAGACCAAGGCGGAGCUUCCGAGAGUCCUUGCCCAUAUUCCAGGCUUUGACCCCACUGAGUCUUCACUUAUCCAACUGGAAGACCUCGACACUCUUUCUGCUGCCCAGUGCCCUGGCUUCAAGAAAAAAGCACGCAUCCAGGUCCUGAAUAUGGAUUCAUUUGACGCGGCGAUACAACUAGACCCCGGCCAUAAUGUUAAUAAACACCUGGGAGUAACAUCACCAAAGGCGAACACUCACCUCAAGCCUGAUGGUGCAGAAAAUAGUCUCGACACGCCGUCCACCGACUCAUUGGCAGGGCCAGUUGCGGACAUACACCUGAGCUCGCCCGAACCUGACAGCACUUCUGGACCAGAUGAGACGCACACGGAUUCCAAAGCCAACCCAGACGACAGCCUCGACUCCGAAGCCAGAAAUCCAAACCUCCUCGACCCCCACCGCUCCGUCGUAGUGCUGAACCUGGCCUCAGAGCGCUCCCCGGGCGGCGGCUGGCAAAAGGGAGCCCUCGCCCAAGAAGAAUGUCUCUGCUACCGCUCCUCGCUCUACCUGUCCCUCACCCCAUCCUUCUACCCCAUCCCCGCGCUCGCCGCAAUCUACACCCCCAAUGUCGUCCUCAUCCGCUCCUCCAUGGCAACCGGCCACACGCUCCUCACUGCAGCACAGCCACCCGCCUCUCUACCCGCCGUAUCCGUCAUCAGCGCCGCCGCACUCCGCAAACCACCCCUCUCAGACGAUGCCCAGACCUUCAAGAAUCCCGGCGCGAGGGCUCUGACAAAGCGCAAAAUCCGCCUUGUGCUGCGUAUGGCUGCCCUGCAAAAGCACACUAGACUUGUCUUGGGCGCCCUGGGCUGCGGCGUCUUUGCUAACCCCCCUGCCGACGUGGCAACGUGCUUUCUCGAGGUCUUCAACGAGCCCGAGUUCCAGGGCGGGUGGUGGCAAGACGUUGUUUUCGCUGUGCUGGAUAACGUCAAGGGUCCCGGGGGCGGGCAGCAUGGAAAUGGUAAUUAUGGUCACUUUUAUCGCGUUUUGCAUGGUCACGAAGUCUGA